CCAUCGAACCCUGACCGCCAUCCACCGCCGCUCCGCCGCUAUGGAAACCGACAAGGUGCCGUCUUCCACCACCAACGCAGCUCCUCUCGUUCUUUCCUCCCUUCCUAACCAAAACCCUAACCUUACUGCUGGUGGCUCCGACGAUUCCUCCUCCGCGCCGAAGCGGAUCUCCGCUACGGCUCCGAAGCGCUUUGUGAAAUCGCACAUCCCCGAAUCUAUCCUUUCCGAUCCCUCCAUCAACGCUGCCGCCGCCCUCCUCCCGUCCAACUAUGACUUCGAGGUCCAUAAGACCGUCCACCGCAUCGCUUCUUCCGGCACGCGCCGCCCCGCGCUCCAGCUCCCCGACGGCCUCCUCAUGUACGCCCUUCCCAUCGCCGACAUCCUCCAAUCGGCCGCCGACACCCGCCUCGACGAAGUCCUCAUCCUCGCCGACCCCACCUACGGCGCCUGCUGCCUCGACGACUUCGCGGCCUCCGCACUCUCCGCCGACCUCCUCGUCCACUACGGACACUCCUGCCUCGUCCCCGUCCCCACCUCGCGCCUCCCUGUCCUCUAUGUCUUCGUGGACAUUCGCGUCGACACCGAUCGCCUCGUCCAGGCCGUCCGCUCCGCCUUCCCUUCUUCGUCCAAGCUCGCCCUCGCCGGAACCAUCCAAUUUGUCGCGGCCGUGCAUUCUGCAAGGUCACUCCUUUCGGCCGAUGGCUACGAUAUCACUGUCCCCCAGGCGAAGCCGCUCUCCCCUGGCGAAGUUCUUGGAUGUACCGCCCCGACGAUCCCCCGGUCCAAGGGUAUUGAUGCAGUCGUGUUUGUGGCGGACGGCCGGUUCCACCUCGAGGCAUUCAUGAUAGCCAAUCCUGAAAUCCCUGCAUUCCGCUAUGAUCCCUUCCUUGGCGUGCUGGUUCUCGAGAAAUAUGACCAUGAGGGGAUGAAGAGGGCAAGGAAAGAUGCCAUAUUGGCAGCCAGGGAAGCCAAAAGGUGGGGAAUCAUACUCGGAACACUCGGGAGGCAGGGUAAUACAAGGGUAUUGGACAGAGUGUUGGAUCAUAUGGAGGAGAAGGGUCUUGAGUCGACCACGGUGCUCAUGUCGGAGAUAUCACCUGCUAGGAUUGCGCUGUUUGGGGACUCCAUAGAUGCUUGGGUACAAAUUGCUUGCCCAAGACUUUCAAUUGAUUGGGGGGAGGGCUUCACCAAGCCUUUGCUGACAACAUUUGAGUUGGACAUUGCACUAGGAUAUGUUCCCGGUUGGUGGGAAAAGGAACAGGUGAGGGUGUCUGUAAACGCCGAGCCAAACACUUGUAAAGAAGAGAGUUGCUCCUGUUCUCGUAAUUGCGAGCCUAAGUUAUCGGAUUGCAACUGUAAAAGUGAUGCACAUACAGGUUACCCAAUGGAUUACUAUGCACAAGAUGGAGGGGAUUGGAAUAGCUCCUAUGUAAAGAAGAAGCCUCCUAGUAGUGGAAUAAGAUUGCAGAGAAGGAUAGGGAGACAGUCUGGAGUCAAAACAUGAGAUGCUUCGACUAUUAGACACUGUUUGCUAGUUCUUAGACAUGACAUGUGGCAAACUACUUGCUACGAUUUAUAGUCGCCAACUUGGAUUAGGAAUCAAAGCGAUUAGAGAAGCUUUGAAGAUGCUGUUGGUGGUGGAAGAACACAAAUUUUGGCUUUGCAACCUGAUAUCGUCUUAAAGAUUACUUGAAGCAUUAUCAAGGCAUGCAAUUAUCUAUUUUGUUUUUUCACCUAUUAAAUGCUGAAAUUUUUGUGAGGUUAAACUGUAUCCAUGCUGAUAUUUAUUUUCUUUUCCAACUACUAGCAAUCAAGUGGAUUUUGUUAGUU